GCUUCAGUUGAGUUGUGCUGUAACUGUAAAUUUUAAAUAACAUUUAAAUAUUUAUUUUAAAUAGAAUUUUGUGGAAAUGGAAAUCUAUGGCCAAUAUGAGUAUUUUUAAAAAUGGAGAGAAUAAUUUAAUUGGAUCCCGGCAGACGGUCUCCAGUUUAAGUAAGCAUCCAACAGUCGUUCAUGGAAGAGAACGACUAUAUACUGAAAUUGACUCGAGUGGGCACACGGUUAGCCGGUGUUUGACUCCUUACGAGUGCCAGCUUGAGGACGACGUGGAGGAACUGCAAGAGGCGCUACUCAAAAUAUCUUCCGAUUAUGCUAAAAUUCAGUUUGGAGUGCGCCAGGUAGCCUUGGCUUCGUCCAGUGAAAGAGACAGCCUGCUCAAAGAUCUAGAGCACUUGACGUCCCAGGGACUGGAUGAUACUAAACGUAGUCUCGAUUACAUUGUUUCCUCACCAGCAAACAUUCGUGUUAAGCAAAACAACAUAUUUUGCCAGCUUCGAGGACGGCUCAAAGAUCUGACAAUGGGAGCUUGCUUUCAGCAGGAAUGUUAUGGUCUAAAGAGCAGAUCCAUGAUAGCAUGCGAGGGUGGUACGAACAACGCUGAUUUGUUUAACAUUGAAGACCAGAAAGGCGAGGAAUCCCAGGAAUAUAUUUUUAAUUCUGUGAGGAAUAGAAACCCUGUCGAUGGAAACAAGCAACUUGCCCGGGAUGAUAUGGAAUACAACAAAGAAGAUAAUCAUGGUGUAAAGAGUCAUACACUAUUGGCAUCAACAGCUAAAUGACAGAUUAAGACUCAACAAAAUUUAUAGAAAAACUUUAAAAAAAUACCACACAGAACUUUUUGUGGCUUAACUCCGCUGUUAUUCUAUAAAUAUUUUUACCAUUACGCAAAUACAAUAGGCAGCAAGGUAACACAUAGGGAGCAAUGAAACUAUGAAGCAAGAAUCUCGCCACCUAAAUGCGCGUUUAAGAGCGAAUGUUGUGUAUGUAUAAAAAAUGAUAUGAAAUAAGGUGUGAAAUGCCUAGAUAUGUUAUAUAGUAUUUGUUGCAACCAAAAACCUGUUAGGCAAUAAAACAACUUAUAAUCAAAGACCAAAAAA